AUGGCUCGCCGCGAGUCGCUCUCGGAAAUUUUGGCCGCCAACCCGGAGCUCUCCCUCAGCGGCAGCAUCGUCUCGGCGGCCUUUAAUAUUCCGCACGCACUUACCUACCGCAAGGGUGGUGACUGGGGACUUAAACCCCGUGGCGGCCAGUCCGCUCUUUUCGAUUCCUUCGCCUACCUCUCCUCCUCCGCGAAUCCCUUCAAGCACACCGUUGUCUCCUGGACAGGCGAAAUAGAUUCUCCCCAAGAAACCACCGAACCCGAGCCGCAGUCGCCGAGAGCUACAACUGUCGGAGUCUCCUCUCUCAACCCUCUCUCGGCCCCUGUCCCCAUCGACGGGGUUGCGCAGCUUCCUACCCCACCACCAGUUGACGGACUCUGGCUUCCCAAGUCAGACCAGGAGCGCCUAGAGCGCCAGCUGGCCAAUGAUAAGACAAUCCGAACUGUUCCUGUGUGGCUCGCCGAUGAAGAUGAAAUUACCUCGGAGGGAAUCAUGCUCCGGGACCAGGGCCGGUGGCGCGGCUAUGGCCACCAUGACUUGUACAGCUUGUUUCACUACAAGCAGCACGAGCCAACUGAUGGGCGGAAGGAAAAGGUCCAAUGGGCUGAUUAUUACCGAAUGAACCAAAAGUUCGCCGCCAAGAUCAUUGAGAUCUACAAGCCUGGUGACAUUGUCAUCAUUCAUGACUACUUUCUCAUGCUCCUCCCUAGCAUGCUCCGGCAAGCAGUGCCCAACAUGUACAUCUCAUUCUACUUGCACUGUCCCUUUCCUAGCAGCGAGUUUUUGCGCUGCCUGCCUCGCCGCAGAGAGGUUUUGGAAGGUAUCCUUGGCUCCAACCUGGUUGGAUUCCAGUCUUACAGCUAUUCGCGUCAUUUCCUCAGCUGUUGCACGCGCAUCUUGGGCUUUCCUUCCGACACUCUUGGAGUCGACGCUUACGGAAGUAGGGUUCAGGUUGGCGUCUUCCCAAUUGGUAUCGAUGCCGCUAAGGUGGAAAAGCUCGCCUGGGCUUCCUCCGUCACCGAGAAAUAUGACGCACUGAAGAAGAUGUACGCCGGCAAAAAGAUCAUAGUUGGCCGAGACCGUCUUGAUAGUGUUCGAGGCGUUGUCCAGAAACUCCAGGCAUUCGAUCGUUUCCUCGAGAUGUAUCCGGAGUGGCGGGAAAAGGUGGUUCUUAUCCAGGUAACGUCGCCAACCAAUAAAGUAGCAGACAAAGAGGAUGCAGAGCUCAAGACUUCGACACGAGUGAACGAGCUCGUCAUGCAAAUCAAUGGUCAGUACGGAAGUUUGGGAUUUUCACCCGUCCAGCACUAUCCCCAAUACAUCAACCAAGACGAAUACUUUGCGUUGCUUCGAGCCGCCGACAUUGGUCUCAUUACCUCGGUAAGAGACGGCAUGAACACAACCAGUCUGGAAUAUGUGGUCUGUCAAAAGGAUGGACAUGGACCGCUCAUACUGUCCGAGUUUAGCGGUACGGCUGCCAGUUUAAGCGACGCUAUCCAUAUCAACCCUUGGGACCUUACCGAUGUUGCCGAGAAGAUCAACAGCGCGUUGACGAUGCCUGGUGAAGCCCGCUCCAAGAUGCAGAGCCGACUGUACGAGCAUGUCACAACGCAAACUGUUCAGUCGUGGAUGACAAAAUUUAUCCGGAGAAUCCACAGCGUUCUCGGUGACAACUCCAUUCAGCAUUCCACGCCACUCCUCGACCGCACCCUACUUCUGUCCCAAUACCGCGCAGCUUCGAAGCGCAUAUUCAUGUUCGACUAUGACGGAACACUCACGCCUAUUGUGCGUGAGCCUAGCGCCGCGGUGCCUUCGGAGAGACUGCUUGAAUCUCUCAAAGUCUUGGCUUUGGAGCCUCGUAACUCGGUCUGGAUCAUCUCAGGUAGAGAUCAGGAAUUCCUUACCCAGCAUUUGGGUCAUAUCCCCGAACUUGGUUUCUCUGCAGAGCAUGGCAGCUUCAUGAGAGACCCCGGCUCCCAAGAAUGGAUCAACUUGGCUGAGAAAUUCGACAUGGGGUGGCAAAAGGAAGUUAUCGACGUCUUCCAGAAAUACACCGACAAAGUCACAGGUUCCUUUAUUGAGAGAAAGAGAUGCGCCAUCACAUGGCACUAUCGUCUUGCUGACCCUGAGCAGGGCUUGCACAUGUCACGGGAGGCUCACAAGGAAGUGGAAGACACUGUCGCUAAGAAGUGGGAUGUGGAAGUAAUGGCUGGUAAGGCAAAUGUCGAGGUGCGACCAACUUUCAUCAACAAGGGAGAGAUUGUGAAGCGUCUCAUCAGCCGUUAUCACAACCCGGGUCUUACUGCCAACGAAGGUGACAAGCAUGCCGGUAGAAUCGAGUUCGCUCUUUGCUCAGGUGAUGACUCUACAGAUGAAGACAUGUUCCGCAGCCUAAAUGGAGUUUCGGGCUCCGUGCUGGACGCUGAUCACGUCUUCACUGUUACUGUUGGUGCAAGCACCAAGGUCACACUGGCAAAGUGGCACUUGCUCGAGCCAGAGGAUGUGAUUGAGUGUGUCACUCUGCUAUCGGAGCAAAAAGGUCACUUGGCACUAGAACGAAUGGGCGAAGUGAAUUUGGCAGCCUUGAGCUCAGUUGAGGGACACAUUCCAACAUCCUAA